AUGGAAGGACUGUUGAUGGCGUCGGGCGAGGAUGAUUCAGCUGCAGAUGGGAGUGCUGGCACAGGAGGUGGCGGUGGAGGUGUAGGUGGAAGCAGUGGUCGUGAAGAAACACGCAGAUGUAACGCUCAUCGAGCUGCCCGGCCGCUCGGACCAAUGGGUGAAGGUGGUGGCACGGGGGGUGGCCGAGCGGGAGUACGAGGAGGUUGUGAAGGACACAACCGCAAGAAAAAGCAGCAACCGCAGCAGCAAAGGCAUCAGCAACAAUUACAGCAGCAACAGUUGCUGCAGCACAGUGGAGGAAAAAAGCAAAAGAAGCAGCAAAAGUGGAAAGCAAAUAAAUACCGCGGCCGAGGUGGGGGUCCCGAACGCAUGGACUGCCCGGUAAGAGGUGGGCGGAAGGACAAAACGAUGGGUACAACUGGCCCGGCCGUAGGACAGUCGAAACCGGACGACGGUUCCGCGACGAACGGACUUGUCGUUAAAGGAGAUGAAUCUUCCGUUGCUACAACCGGUCCGACAUCCGCGGACAGCCAUCAUCCGGCCCAACCAGAACCGGGAAACUUCCAUCAGGUGCAACAACAGCAGCUAUCGCUACAAAACCAAGUAGGACAUUCUGGCGUAUCUUCAGGCAACACCCAGCAACAACAACAGCCGCUGCAAACGUCCUCUCAUGUCGGCUCGCAGCCAUCUACCGGUGGUGCUGGAGGUCAACAGAGCGGAACCAGUUCACUCUCGAUCUCCUCCAUCAACCCACCCCAAAAGGGCAAACACUCGAAACAGCAGAACCUCAGUCCGAUGGAGUUGCGCAACAAGCGCCUUCAGUCGGUGUCGAAAUUCUUCCUUCCAGACAAGCGACCCCGCAAGGAAUGCAUCGUGCCACCGACCAAAUUCCUCCUCGGUGGCAACAUUUCCGAUCCUCUCAACCUUAACAGCCUGCAGAACGAGUCAGAGAACGCGGUGACACCAAAAUCGUCACCUAUCCCAACGCCACCACACUACAAAGCGAAGAUUGAGGUAAUUAUACCACCAAACAUCAACGAUCCUUUGCACCUGCUCGAUCCGGUCGAUUCGGUUGAGUACGAAAUGCAGCUCUGUUCGCCCAUGAAACGCAAGCAACGCACGCGCAACAAACGCAAACGCAAAUCGCGCACCGGCGCCGAUCGACACGUGGACGGAGCAUUGUCGGUGGACCAGUUGCCACCACCGUCCCGGGCUGAAGAGAUGGCGGGUGGUAAUGGGGCCGGUGCAGCAGAUGCGGAAGAGGCGACAACGGCUGAGGAAGCUUCCUUUACCGGACUCGGGCAGAAGCUGGCGGAUGCAGCCGCUGGGGAACGAUACUCGUUUGGGUCGGAUUCGAGCUACACGGAUCCUGCGAGUGCCCACUUUCACCAGCAUCCGGGGAUGGCACAACCGUCGAGCAGCGGACAAGCGGGUGUAUCGGUCGGUGCUGGUCCUAGCAUGACGGGGACUGACCGUAACCACGCUGCUGGUGGCGGUGGUAGUGGACCUUCAACAGAGCAACAGGACCGCGAAAAGGCCAUGCGCAACCUGAAGCUUGAUCUCGAAUUGGCCGGUGGUCGCAAGCGCCGCAUCAGCGAGAGUACAAACAGCACCAAGAACAAACUGCGCCGGAUGGACUCGAUGGAUAAGAUCGUGAGUCCGGUUAUCCCGCAGCCAGGCGGUUGGAAACGGGCGCACUGGCCACAGAACGCUGGUGGCAGUGGUGCAGCCGGUGGGGCAGGACGUAAUCGCACCCGUACCUACUCCACCGCGUCCAACACGGACGAACAGCAGCAUUCGUUAGAAGAGACCCCAGCUUGCUCAACCGACCGGGGUACUGAUGGACAAGUACAAGAGAAAGCGCACCAUUCCGAGCGGUUAGGAGCCAGUGCGGUGGGUGGCACAUCCUGCGCGGCUGCAGCUACACUGGCCGUGAACAUCUGCGGUGAAGGUGCAGCAGGUGGAGGUGCCACGGUCGCGGUGAACCGGGUUGAAGGCGAACCAAGAGUGGGAGUGGCCGUCAGUGGAGUGGCUCGAGUAAUCAGCACCGAAGCAAGUUCCGGAACCGUGGAAAUUAGUGCGAUUCCACGGCCGAUAGCGGUCACGAGCCGAUAUCAUUUCGGUAACUACGAUCGCUACUACGGAUACCACAGCCUGAACGAGUUUAUCGACGUGCGGUUGAAGGUGUUCCUGCGCAAUCCGUACCUGUUCCGCGACAAGGACGUGCUGGACAUCGGGUGCAAUGUCGGUCUAAUGACGAUUGCCGUCGCUAAGCAGCUGCACACGAAAACCGCCACCGGUAUUGACGUGGACGGCAAGCUGGUGGCAAAAGCUCGCAAAAAUCUAGCCAACUACGUGCGAAUGCCCCGUAGCGAGUGGCCAUCGGCGGGUGGAAGACGCACGAUUCGAAUAGCUCCUUGUACAACGGUGACCUCGGAGGUGAAGGUGGAAGUCAAGGUAGAAGAUGAGGUUCCAUCGGGGCCAGAUCCGACGAUCGUGACGCUGCCCGGAAGCGAACAGGCUUCGACUAGUCAUACGGAGGGUGUGUCCAUCGUCAAGGGGAUUGUCGCCACGCCAACAGGUGUUGCUACACCAGCCGCCGCCAAUGCGGCGGGUGUCCUUGACAGUGAAAACGUGCUUUCUCUUUUGCCAACCCAAGAGCCACUAGUAAUACCGGAGCUGCCAGGAGAAGCAGCAAAAUCCCCCGAAGUGCCAGCGACAAAUGCUGGCAAUAAACUGCAAGAGCAGCAAAAGCGUGGACGGAAACGGCCGGUUCCAAAGGGGCGCCAUAGUCACCACAAUCAUCAUCACCAUCAGCAACAUCAUCAUCAACAGCAGCAGCUGCGGCGGGGCAAGACGGAAAACUCGCAGUACUUUCCAAUCUCAUUUCCCCUCACCAUGGGCAAUCUCAGCGGGAAGGAGCAUCAGAUGGACAUUGGUCGGCCAGAGAACAAGUUCCCGCACAACGUGCGCUUCAAAACGAUGAACUAUGUUUUGAAGGACGAAUCGCUGAUCAACUACGACACGCAGCAGUACGAUCUGAUCCUGUGCCUUUCGGUAACCAAGUGGAUUCAUUUGAACUACGGCGACGCAGGCCUCAAAAUUGCGUUCAAGCGAAUGUUCAACCAUCUGCGUCCGGGUGGCAAGCUCAUUCUGGAGGCGCAAAACUGGGCCAGCUACAAGAAGAAAAAGAAGCUUACUGAAACAAUUUUCGAGAAUUCCAAGAGCAUUGAGUUUUUCCCCAAUCGCUUCCAUGAUUAUUUACUCAGCCCGGAGGUGGGCUUCAGCCAUAGCUACCCAUUGGGAAUACCGCGCCACUUGAGCAAAGGCUUUCGUCGACCGAUUCAGCUUUACAUAAAGGGUGAUUUUACGCCAUCACAGGCGAAGUGGAGCGACACGUACCACCCGGGAACGCCGUACGAAAACCACCGCGGGAUCUACACGGACAUCGUGACCGUAUCGCACUCGGCCGCGAAUUGCAUCUGGGGCGCGAUGACGCCAUACGCGCCCAGUUACAGCUACCGGCAACCACCGACUCCGUCGCACGGUGGCGGCAGUGGGAGUGGAAGCGGUAGCGGAGGUUUCGCCUCCACAUCACCGUACUACAACCCGCGCCAAACGGAUAGCUACUUGCCAAGCUACGACAACAUCGGAAACGGGCACCGGCCUGGGAGUUACUGCUUUGCUUCACCGCUCUACUCGACAACGUGGUCGCCGCCAUCGGACAUGCUCGCGACGAGUGGUGGGGGUGGUGGGAGCUAUCGGAGAUCCGCCUCCAACACGCCCAAUUCGGCCAGUAUCCGGAGUACGGAUAAUGAUGAGCAUUACUACGCCGGUACGACUGGUGGAGGCAGUCAACGGCGGCACCACGUGUACCCACCAAUCGAUGUGUUCCCACCGUUGCUCGGAUACGACGGUAUCCGUCCGGGAAGCUACCGGAGUGGUGGUGGAGGCGGCGGUGGGGGCGGUGGAGGUGCCAUGACCGAUUCCGAUUCGGAACCAUCAUCAAAUUCUGCAUCACAGACGCCCACUCGACAGCAGCAGCUGGCGGGUAGCUUCCUCACAGAUGACCAGUCUAACUCACCCAGCGGGCAUUCGCAGCCCGACAAAUAGAUAGCGCGAUAAGGUUGGUCGUAUAGUUAGGUGCGGCUAUAGGUUUAUACAGAGAGAUAGAGAAAGAGCCGUUCUGCACAAUGAACAGAGGGUGCUACGCUUGGUAGAGGUUAGCCAUUAAAGUUAGUCGCACAAAAGUGAGGGCAAAGCUGGAUGUGGACCGUUCGCUAUAGGUAGUGAACUGAGUGUGCUUCAGCUUGCUCUCCGUUAUUACAGUGUGAUAUAGAUUUCAUUCAGAGAAGUGAGAACGUUUCCCAAAGACCAAAACAAAACGUGAAUGUGCAUUUGGAAUGGUCUCUGUUGUAGGACCCGGUCUGUUUUUUGCGCUUUUACGCACUCUUGCGCUUCUACGCACUUUAUCUUUAAACGUUAAACAGUUCUUUUGCAGACUACUGCUGCAGUCUCCUAACCCACGGACAGAUCUUCCCUAGCACAUGUGUGUGAUGUAAAAGUAUUUCCUAUAUUAUUCGGUUCGCUGUUAGGUUCUGCCAAUCCGCGUACAUUUCUUCAGCACGAUUAGCUGUGGGCUCGAAGGGCAAUAGAAGCUCGGUUAUUGUUUGUUUUUUUUACACGAUUCACGAAUACAGGAUAACUUCUCCAAUCCUUUCUUUGUAAACGUUACGAUAGUCAUAUAGCCACGGUAAACUACAAACCGACGAGAAUAUGAGAUAGGUAUAACCUGUGUGAGCGGACAAUUGUGAAUCGUGGUACGAUUAUACAAAAUUCACUUACAAAAUUCUCACUUCCGGUUGUGGAGUGAAGAGGCACGAA